AUGGAUGUAUUCUUUGUUGUUGUCAACAUUAUCAGCAUAUUAUUGUUAAGUGAUGUAGUUGCAGCAAAUGUUUCAGACUCUAGCAGAGAAUUGGAGGCGUUGAUGGUUUUUGAGUGGCCUCAUACUCAUAUGAAAUCCAACUCCACCGUCUGCGAGUGGCAAGGUAUCACUUGCGAUGAUGGUGGCCGCGUUACAGAGAUAAGCCUGCAAACUCAAGUAGGAUGCACUGCUAAUCCUGGCUGUCACGAUCUUCGCUAUUUGGAUCCGCUUGUUUUCACAUCUCUCACCAGUAUUCAUCUCACCGAAUGUGGUCUCUAUGGACUUAUUCCAUCACAAAUAGGUUACCUAUCCAACUUAUCUUAUCUCAAUUUGUCUCAUAAUCUACUCACUUCUGAGCUACCUCUUUCAUUGGCAAAUCUGAGUGAAGUACUUGUGCUCGACCUCUCUUCUAAUGAGUUUUAUGGUGGCAUUCCGCCUUACAUAGGAAGCUUAUCCAACCUAAUUCAUCUCAAUUUGUCUCAUAAUCGACUCGAAAGUGACCUACCUCUUUCAUUAGCAAAUCUGAGUGAAUUACUUGUGCUCGACCUAUCUUCUAAUGAGUUUUAUGGUGUCAUUCCACCUGUCAUAGGUAGCUUAUCCAAACUUGCUCAUCUCGAUUUGUCGUACAAUCGACUCCAAAGUGAGUUGCCUCUUUCAUUGGCAAAUCUGAGUGAAUUACUUGUGCUCGACCUCUCUUUUAAUGAGUUUUAUGGUGUCAUUCCACCUGACAUAGGAAGCUUAUCCAAACUUACUCAUCUCAAUUUGUCUCAUAAUCGACUCAAAAGUGAGCUACCUCUUUCAUUAGCAAAUCUAAGUGAGUUACAUGUACUUGACAUUUCUGAUAAUUAUGAUAUUAAUGGUAUCAUUCCACCUAACAUAGGAAGCUUAUCUAAACUUACUCAUCUCAAUUUGUCAUACAAUCGACUCCAAAGUGAGGUGCCUUUCAUAUUGGUAAAUCUGAGUGAAUUACUUGUGCUCGACCUCUCCUCUAAUGAAUUUUCUGGUGUCAUUCCACCUGACAUAGGAAGCCUAUCCAAACUUACUCAUCUUGAUUUGUCAUACAAUCGACUCCAAAGUGAGCUGCCUCUUUCACUAUCAAAUCUCACUAACUUAGAGGUGCUUCAUAUUUCUUUUAAUAGCAUUUUUGGUUUCAUUCCUUCUGGAAUAGGGUACCUCCUUCAUUUGAUUGCUCUUGAUUUGAGCAACAAUUACAUCAAUGGCUCUUUGCCCUCUAUUAUGAGCCAAUUAACAAGAUUGGAAAUCUUGAAAUUGGAUAGCAAUAGGUUGGAAGGUGUUUUUGAAGCAGGAAUACACAUGCUUCCUUGUAUCACAACCAUAGGCCUCAGUAGGAAUUCUAUGUAUGGACAGAUACCUAUUCCGUUUGGAGAUGUUCCUAAUGCAAAGUUUCUCGAUAUCAAUCUUUCAUUGAACCAUCUUUUUGGUGAAAUCCCUGAAUCUGUUUCACGUUUGCAUGGAAUCGAUUUGUCCUUCAAUAAUUUGGAGGGCCACAUUCCACCUGACGUGUGGCUUAGAUUUGGGAGAGAAUCGUUCCUUGGGAAUCUAAAUUUACAUCUUCCAACUACAUCCACAAUAGAUGUGGAAAUUCUUUACUAUGUAAUCUGUGUGUUUUUAAUUUUCUGUGGAAUCUAUUUCAUAUUCUCCAAAAGAAGGGAGAAGAAAGCAGCAUCAGUCACACCUCAUCCCAAACAUGGUGACAUAUUCAACAUUUGGAACUUUGAUGGAAACAUGGCAUAUCAAGACAUCAUCCAAGCAACACAAGACUUUGACUUGAGAUACUGCAUUGGAACUGGAGCAUAUGGAAGCGUCUACAGAGCUCUACUGCCCUCUGGAAGAGUUGUUGCCGUGAAAAAGCUUCACAGAUUUGAAGGAGAUAAUCCUACCUUUGACUCCUCUUUUAGGAAUGAAGCCGAGGUUCUCUCUCAGAUUCGCCAUCGCCAUAUUGUGAAGCUUUUUGGAUUUUGUAUGCACCAACGGAGCAUGUUUCUCAUCUACAACUACAUGGAAAGAGGAAGCCUCUUUAGCGUGUUGAAGUAUGAUGACGAAGCCGUAGAGCUGACCUGGAAGAAGAGGGUAAAUGUGGUGAAGGGCAUUGCAAAUGCCCUAUCUUACAUGCAUCAUGAUUGCAGCCCACCUAUUCUACACAGAGAUGUAUCGAGCAACAACAUACUCUUGGAUUCAGAGUUUGAAGGUUGUUUAUCUGAUUUUGGGACAGCAAGAUUGUUGGAUCCAGAUUCAUCCAAUCAAACAGUACUUGUGGGAACUCGGGGCUAUAUAGCACCAGAGUUGGCCUUCACAAUGGUGGUUACAGAAAAAUGUGAUGUGUAUAGCUUCGGAGUUUUGGCAUUGGAAGUCAUGUUUGGAGACCACCCGGGGGAUUUCGUUUUCUCCAUGAUGAUGAUGAAGAGAUCCACGCAGUUUGCUCAAAACAUGAUGGUGCAACAACUCAUGGACAAGAGGCUAUCAUCUCCGGAUGAAGAUGUAAGAGUGUCAAGGGAAGUGGCUGGAGUGGUGAAAACAGCACUGAAAUGCAUUAGCUCUAAUCCAAAGUCGAGGCCGUCAAUGAAGGAGGUGGCUCAGGAACUUGCUAAGCAUCCACCACGAUUGCCAAUGCCAUUCCGCUCCAUAUCAGUGCUUCAUCUCAUGCACUCAGACUGAGCUCACAACUGCCUUAACCGCUUCUUGAAUAAAGAUUAAAUGUUUUGGUGUAUGAUGCAUCUUCGUAAUAGUUAAGUAGCUCCACUCUUAACAUAUUUAUUAAACUCCAACUGGAGAGGGAUCUUUAUUAGUUAAGCAACAUGUAGUA